UUGCACUGUACAGAGGUCAAAGUUCAACGAGAGGAUGCAGUUGUGGAGCGAGAUGUGGUUGUGGACGCAGAGGAAGAGGUCAACGGUGCACUUAGUACACAAUCUUCGCCUUCGAAAAGGGUAACGUCGGAAAUUAAUCGAUUAAUUACCGCCUGUUCAAAUUUAGCUCCAGCAAGACAGCUCAAGGGGUCUGUAUAGGAGGAACUCAUUAGACUUGGUGCGAAAACGAUGGCCAGAUUCUCUGAAGACAUCAUGUUCAUUUUUUGAUGCUCCGCAACCCGAUUCAAAUGGGCCAUCAGAUAUCGUAGGCAGUAG